AUCCCACCCCGUGGUAAUCAUCUCAUCUGUCAUACCUCAGUCUACUAUGUAGUCUAGGUAUAUCCGAUAAGCCCGAAGCAAUGAUGCCGUAAUCAGACGCAAGAUGCCCGCCGCCACACUAGGCCGCCCUGAGACUAGCCCCAUCAAGCAAGGAAAGCUUUCGACUGAUCACCACCUGCUACCUAUCUACAUACAUAUGUAGGUAGUUAAGGCGAAACGUUCGACAACCAGCCCUCUUCAACCACCUCGGCGCUUCCACGCUGACAAGCCGUGCUAUUCACAGCGACAAUUCACUAGAAGCCGUGUGGCUAGCUUGUUCGUUGGACUUCAUCAUUGCGCACAUGAGAUAGCUCUCACGCUCCAGAUCGACUUGCAUCUGCACUUCGCCUCUCGACCUCUCAUCCAAAAACUUCCGCCUGCUCCGGCCCGGUCGACGAGCUCUACAAUCGCCCGGCAUGUCAAGCAUAUUACGGCGGUCGACGAGCAUCGCGCAAGUCGCUAGCCAUCCCCUCCGCCUCACCUCGCGCACCAGCCUCCGAUCCCCACGCUUCGUGCGCACCGCUUCUGCCAUCUGGUCAGCCAGGCUGCCUCGCUACUACUCAACCGAUAAAGAGCCGCCUGAGCCUACUCCUCCUAAAAGGGAAGAUAGUGCUAAUAAUCCACAAGUCCAAAGCACUCAUUCUCCUGGGCCUGCCGAAGCCAACGCGCAAAAACCCCCAUCUGAGAAAAACGAUGACAGAUAUCCGCUGCCCGAAGGUUGGGUCUAUCUAACUGACGAGCAGAUUCGAAUUUUCAAAGAUAUUAUGAACAAUGGUUUCCUGAAAGUUCCUAAGAGAGACCUAGCGUUACUUGAUUUAAUCCGGCGAACGGGCGUACCCCACACUCUACAUGAGUUGAUUCAGAAGCAUCAGAGUGGACAGAGUCUGGGAAUAACGGACAUCCCGAGGCUCUUCAAGAGUCUCAAGGAUUUUACUACCCAUUGUGUUCAGACUCAGUAUAAUGAACGGAUUGAUAAUCGGCCCUCCCAGCCGUCGCGAAGUUAUCAGGAAUCAUCUUCUGAAUCCUCCGACAAACAACCCACAGACAAGAAUAGCCAAGAGAAAGAGAAGUCAAACGACGACAGACAAAGCCCCAACCCUGAGGAAAAGAAGGAGUUCAAAUUCAAUGCCCCACCUGAUCCGGGCAGUGGAAAUAACCCACUGAAAAGCAACGACUGGCUUUCUACGGCCAUUGCUACGGGUGUUGCUUUUUAUCUCUACAGCUCUAUGACCGGGGAGAGUGGUCGCGAGAUCACGUGGCAAGAGCUAAAGAAAAACUUCCUUGAUAAAGGUCUCGUGGAAAAGAUGGUCGUCGCUGGCCACAAGGUUGUCGUAGAACUCAACAGAGAAGCCACCCAGUCUAUGUAUCCCGAUUCCGUUGCUACGCGUCCUGGCUUCAAUUACUACUUCUCUAUUGCCUCAGUCGACGCUUUCGAGAGACGGCUCGAAGAAGCCCAGAACGAACUUGGCAUCCCGAGUAGUGAGCGGAUCCCAGUAAGCUAUGCUGGGGAAAGCAAUUUGAUGAACCUUCUCCUCGCAUUUGGCCCUACGGUUCUGCUUGUUGGUCUGCUCCUCUAUGCUAGUCGCCGGGGACCUGGCGCUGGUGGUUCCGGUGGCGUUUUUGGCUUCGGCAAGAGCAAAGCGAAGCGAUUCAGUCACGAAACAGCCAUCAAAGUGAAAUUCUCUGACGUUGCCGGUAUGGAUGAAGCGAAGCAGGAGAUUAUGGAAUUCGUCAGCUUUCUGAAGAAGCCGGAACGAUUCCAGAGACUAGGUGCCAAGAUCCCUCGUGGUGCCAUUCUUGCAGGCCCACCUGGCACUGGUAAGACUCUCCUCGCAAAAGCCACUGCUGGCGAGUCAGGUGUGCCUUUUUUCAGUGUCAGCGGUUCUGAAUUCGUGGAGAUGUUCGUCGGCGUAGGUGCCUCGCGCGUGCGAGACCUCUUUGCUACUGCACGGAAGAACGCGCCAUGCAUCAUCUUUAUCGAUGAAAUCGACGCCAUCGGCAGGUCCCGUUCCGAAGGUCAAAGAUUUGGUGGCAAUGAUGAACGAGAGGCCACACUGAACCAGAUUCUUACAGAAAUGGAUGGAUUCAAUACGAGCGAACAGAUUGUGGUUCUUGCUGGUACCAACAGAGUAGAUAUUCUUGAUAAGGCUUUGAUGCGUCCAGGUCGAUUUGAUCGACACAUCAACAUCGAUGCGCCAACUAUGGCCGGCCGUAAGGAUAUCUUCAAGGUCUAUCUAAAGAAGAUUGUGACGAAUGAAGAUAUUGAAUAUUUGAGCGGUCGACUGUCCUCACUGACACCAGGUUUCGCCGGCGCUGAUAUUGCUAACUGUGUCAACGAGGCUGCUUUAAUUGCCGCGCGGAGCAACGCGGCAGCUGUCACUCUUCAGCACUUCGAACAGGCUAUUGAACGUGUCAUUGGAGGCCUCGAGCGCAAAUCUCUAGUUCUUGACCCUCUCGAAAAGAGGACGGUCGCUUAUCAUGAAGCCGGACAUGCUAUCUGCGGCUGGUACUUUCGAUAUGCUGAUCCUCUGCUCAAGGUGUCCAUCAUUCCUCGCGGCAAGGGUCUAGGCUACGCCCAGUAUCUGCCUGGUGACGCCUAUCUCAUGAGCUAUAAUCAGUUGAUGGAUCGAAUGGCCAUGACUCUGGGUGGACGCAUAUCGGAAGAGCUUCACUUUCCUACUGUCACAACAGGUGCCAGUGACGAUUUCUCCAAGGUGACGAGAAUGGCUACGGCUAUGGUAACGCAAUGGGGCAUGUCCGAAAAAGUCGGCCCUCUCCAUUUUCAAAACGAUGAAAAUAAGAUUCAUAAACCCUUCUCCGAGACAACAGGUCAAACGAUUGAUGCGGAAGUCAAGCGCAUUGUGGAAGCGGCUUAUAAACAAUGCAAGGACUUACUGAUUGAGAAGAAAAAGGAGGUUGGUAUUAUUGCUGAAGAGCUGUUGAGGAAGGAGAUACUUGUACGUGACGACAUGGUUCGCCUGCUCGGCCCACGGCCUUUCAACGACCGAGAUGAUUUCGCGAAAUAUUUCGGUCAGGGUGCCCAAAACCCAACAGAUCCCACGGAGCCCCCGUCGUCCCCUUCGCUUCCGGAUGCCCCGGAGCCCCCGUCACCUAGUCCCGCCGCGUUCCAACAACUACAAGGCAAGGAGACAAGGUGAUAAUCAUGGUGACAUUAUGCAAUAGAGGUUUAAAAACUGUAUAUAAAAAAUUCAUGAAUUAGGUGUACACAGGCAAAUGCAUGGAAACGGCUUGGCUUUGGCUCGAUUGCAGCUGAAACACAGACAGGCGGAUGAUAAGCAGACGAGAGAGGGCCUCCCGCUCUAUCACUCGGCGCCAUGCACCACCGAUAUGACUGGUCACAAAGCUCUCAACUCAACCGAAGCACUACGCACAUACACACACAACAUCCAUGUAUAUUUAUGUUAGAUUUCAUUUGGAGGCUGUGAGGGGCCGGGGGGCAGUCCAGCGGGUGAUUAUAUAUGGAAGACGGGACAAGCUGCGGCAAGACAAACAGCACAGCAGAAUAGCGUCUUGUGUAUCAAUAGGUAGAUUAGUCUAAGCUAAGACAGUUCGCGAGCGGGUACAACAGCGUCCUUAUUCCUUAGGCCCGGCCGGGCACAGCAAGCAGGUAGGGAAAUGACGCCGUGCAAUGCUGUGCGUGGUGUGCCAUCAAGCUGUUAUACACGGAGUAGGUAGGUAGUUACCUAACACAAUGAAUGAUAAGGCGUCAGAAUUUCUGCCCGGGAUCCUUUGGGGGCGUCAAUUUAGGUCUAGCGGGGGCCUAGCCAAUUCUUCAGCAACAUGUUUACUUGGUAGAUAAAUCCAGCCAAACGCAAAAUUACGAGGGAGGCUUCUACUGCAAGGAUGGAA